AAGUUUGGACAGAAUGGACCUAUCAUCAUAUCCAUGAUUUUCCACAAUUUGUGAGAGAUUUUUUUUGCUGUAUUGAAAGUUAAAAUAGUGCUAAUUUGCUGAGAAAUUGGUUUACUAGUCCUAGGGGAGUAGCCAAAGCGCAUGCGCGUUUUAUUUCCUACGCUCCCUACCCCCUCGAGCCACCAGGGGCUAGUUGUUGGAGCGCAAUGGCGGUGCACCGGGGACCUUCUUCGAAAUGGCUCUUUUCCCGGGAGCAACUAGAAACAACGCCGUCCCGCCGCAGUGGAGUCGAAUCUGAUAGGGAACUUUCUUACCGACAGCAAGCCGCCAACCUAAUUCAGGAUAUGGGCCAGAGACUCAACGUCUCUCAACUCAUCAAACACUGCAAUCGUUUACAUGCAUAGAUUUUAUAUGAUUCACUCUUUCACUAAGUUUCAUAGGAAUAUCAUCUCCCAAACAACCUUGUUCCUGGCUGCGAAGGUGGAGGAACAACCUAGGAAGCUUGAACAUGUCAUCAAAGUGGCCCAUGCCUGCGUCAACCCCCAGGAUGCCCCACUAGACACCAAGAGCAAUGCAUACCAUCAGCAAGCUCAGGAGCUGGUGAUACUAGAAACGAUAGUACUGCAGACGCUAGGUUUUGAAAUAACAAUUGAACAUCCUCACACUGAUGUUGUGAGAUGUUCCCAGCUAGUGCGAGCAAGCAAGGAUUUGGCACAGACUUCCUAUUUCAUGGCUACCAACAG